UGUUCUGCCCCUCCUCUCCCCCUGCCCCUCUUAGAGAUAUCACUCAUCUGUCGUCCCUCUGGUCACUUCACAGCAGAGGCUCAACACGACAGAGGGUCACAUGAGCCGCAACACAUGUUUCUUUGCGCAAUUCCUUUCAUGUUUACGAGGGUGUCUGUCGCAGUCUGUAAACCUAUGCAGUACAGAAUACUCAUUAUAUGCAUGUAUAACACAAAAAAGUUAGGAAAAUCUGAACUUACUGACACAAAGAAGUCGUAAACAGGAGAAAAACAUUGUCUCUACGGGCAGAGACGGUGGACAGAGACGGAUUUGCUAAUUUGCCAACGUGUAGAAAUGGUAUCAGUACACUUGAUGUUAUCUGGACAUAUGACAGUUGGUCAUGACAGUAUUGAAUACAUUAUAAAAAAAACAACAUGGCCGUUAGCAAACGGCAACCAGGGAUCAGGUGGUCAGGAUCGUCUCAGGUGUCAGGUUCAGAUUUAUGCCUUACUUCAGCUUUUUAUAGUGAUUUGAUAUUCCAGGAGUUAUUUGUCACGUCUCUCGAAGCCCCAAAAAUAAAUUGCCAGGUCUUCUGGAGAGGGGGCAGAGCGAGCGCUUGUGUCAGUGUUGGUUGUGACCUCCUGUCAUGUCAACGUGCACGCUGCUGCUGCGCUCGCAGGCGGGCUGUGGUCUCUCUGACUCCCCCCGCCAACUGGCCGAGCACCCUCUCUCCCCCGACCUCACCGACGUCUGCAGGUUCUCUGGGGAAAACAGGUCCCUCACAGAAUGCCUGGAGCAGUUCAAAACCUCAGAACACUAUCAAGCCAUAGGAGGAAGACAGCUGUUUGUGUACCUGGAGCCGUCAGACCCCAGUAAACUUUCCGGACGAGAAGAGGUGAGUGAAGGGAUGCCUGCUGAACGCUGCACUGUCUCAGCUCUGAGAGAAGUCAUGGAUUCAACCAAGCCUUUCGAUCAAAUUGACGAGCCCUGCAAAAUGUUAGACACAACAAAAGCCGUGGUGAACUACUCUGAACACCAAAUGGUCUACGAGGAAAUCGAUUCCGCUGUUGAGCAAUGCUCCGUGAAUGGAGAACUUGAAGAAGAGAUCGAACACUCUGUACCCUGUAACGGAGACUCUGAAGGUCUGGACCAGUAUGGGAUCCAACCCCAGGAGGGUUGUUUAACACCUCACCAGCACCCUGAGGCCUGUGAGACAGCGAUGGUAAACACAUCAUGUGAUGAAUGCAUUCAGCACUUAGAGGGUUUCGAUCUUGGUGAGUCCUCUGAGCGCAGUGCUAAUCACAGUCGAGCUUCUGAAUGCUGCAGACUCUGUGAACACUGCACAGAACACCUCCAGUCAUCCCAACUAUGCAAGUCCUCUGAUCAACAGAACGAGUCAGUUGAGCCAGACACACUGAGCCAGACAAUUACUGAGUAUUUUGAACAAGAUUUCGAACCCGAUUUGUCUCAAUGCAAGUGCUUUGAUCAGAGCAAGUCCUUCGAUUCUAACAGACUGAGCCAGACAGAAACAGACUUUUUGGAGCAAGAUUUUGAUCUUGACUUGGCUGAAUCAGUUAAUUUAUUUGACUGUUAUGCUAGAAAUACUGAGUAUUCUGCAACGACUAAUCAAAUUGAUGAGACAUCUGAGUGUACAUUAGUGCUCGAUGAAUAUUUGAGUAAUUUUGAUUCCAUCGAUGAGCAAAUUGAUUUCUGUGAGCUUAUUGAGGCUUCAGCUGAACAAUCUUUUACAGUAUCAGAUGAUCUUAAUACCCCCACGUCCUCUCAAGACACUGAGGAAAACAUUCAUCCCUGUGAAAGUGACUGUCAGUCAGAAGCAAGCGAGUACACCAACAAUAUUGACCCUGCAGAGGACAUCAGUUAUGAUGUCAUAGACUACGACACCCCCUCACUUGACUGUGAGCUGUCCUGUCAGACAAGUCUAGAUGAACAACAGGAAACUAGCAAAGACUGUGGAUUCUUUGAGCAACGUGAGCCAUAUGAAAAUAUUGCGGAUGAAAACGAACACACGUUCUAUGACCACAACGCUGCAUGUUGCAUCGAGGAAGACGAGUCCUCCUCGCAGUGUUCUUCUACUGAAACCAAAUCUUUUGCAACUUGUAACGACGGCAGCAUCCCCUCCGCAGCCUGCUCUGACUCGGGGGAGUCUGACAAAGGAGCCCAGGAUGAGGACAGUUAUGAGCAGAACGAGUGGGAAUCUUUUGAAGAAGAUGAAUCGGACAAGAGCACUGACGAUAAAGAUGAAGACUGCUCCAGUGCUGUCGUUACUGAGGACUUCUUUGACCUGUUUGACAGAGAGGACUUUCACGGACACUCUUUUGUUCAAAGAAGACCUUACAUAUCCUGCUUCGAGGGUGGAGAUGUUCAUGAUUUCUACGUUGCACAGCUCAAGCUACAGAAAAGGACAACCUGUGCCAACGACUCUAAAGAGUCCGAGGAUGACGACACUCACGCUACCCCUGUUCAGCAUCUGAAACCCUCUGAUGAAGAACAACCUAGUGAAGAUGAGGCAUUAGACAUCCUCCAUCCCUACGUUGGGAGACUAGAUACUGGAUCCUUUGCAGACGAGGGCUCUGUUGAAUGUGACACCCAGGAGAACACAGAUAAAGCUAUUGGAGCAUUUGUCACCAGUGAGCUCCAGGAGACCGAGGUUUUGGAAAAAUACACGUCUGAAGUUUCCGAAAAAGAUAAUGUGUCCUGUCCCGCUAUGGGUGAAUGCUUGGUGGAGGUGGAGGCUUGUGAGGACGCAGGUGCAGACGCUCUGUGUGUUGAUGAUGAGCUGAGCUGCGCUGAUGACUCCUACCAACCCUCAGAGGAGCAAGGCUCUGGAAGUGAUGCCGAUAACGGCCAGACAGACGACCCAGUUCUUACAAAAGACAUGGAUGCACAACCUGUCGAAUGUUACAUCCAGGAAAUAAUCCUGGAUUUAAUCCGGCAAAUAACACAAGACGACGUGCAUGAAGAACAGUCCUGUGAUGACGAAGAUGGUUUCAGUAUUUGUACUGAAAGAGAACCCUACUGGUCUUGCACAGAAAAUGGAGAGAUCUAUGAAUCAGGUAUUGAAGAAUACUACAUGUAUGAAAUAAAUGCCUGGAAACCUUGUAUUAAACAUGAGGCUUGUGAGGCCUGUGGGAGAAAAGGGAAACCUCCCACCCAAGACCAGGAUGCCACAGGACGAGUGGAGGAGAGGGACUCUGGAGACACCAUAUUAAACGAGCAGGAAAAUAAACUAAGCCAUUUCAAAAUCAUUGAAGUUGUUGACUUGAACGGAGAGUUUGAUGACCACACCAAAGCUUUCACACCUUCUAUUGAGGAAGUGAAGAUUAAUAAUGAAAACCAGCAAAAGACUCAGUACUCAGAGACAAAUGACUGGUUGGAGACUGAUGUUUCUGAGAAAACAGCCCUUGGCGAAGCUGAGCACAGGGCAGUCUCAGUGGGAAGCAGACCCUCUGAACAAAGUGAACAGGAAGGGGGAGAAGAGACUCAUCAAUUCUUUAAGAUGGUGGAUGAAAACAAGGCCUGUGAGCAGAAUGAGGACCCAGAGGAAGAUGUGUCUGAGGAUGAGUCUUCAGAGGGCUGUGACUGCGAGUACUGCACACCUCCACCACAGCAGCUCCCAGCUAAGCCGUUGCUCCCUCAGGUCAAGUCUAAAGACGUGGGGAAGAUCUGUGUGGUCAUCGAUUUGGAUGAAACUCUGGUACACAGUUCAUUCAAGCCAGUGAACAAUGCUGAUUUUAUCAUUCCAGUGGAAAUUGAUGGAACAGUUCACCAGGUGUACGUGUUGAAGCGACCCCAUGUGGACGAGUUUCUGAAGAGGAUGGGCGAGCUGUUUGAGUGUGUGCUCUUCACUGCAAGCUUAUCGAAGUAUGCAGAUCCCGUGUCUGACCUUCUGGAUAAAUGGGGCGCGUUCCGCACUCGUCUCUUCCGGGAGUCCUGCGUGUUCCACCGGGGAAACUACGUGAAGGACCUGAGCCGUCUGGGCCGAGACCUCAACAAGGUCAUCAUCCUGGACAACUCUCCUGCCUCCUAUAUCUUCCACCCCGACAACGCUGUGCCCGUCGCUUCCUGGUUUGACGACAUGGCCGACACCGAGCUGCUUGAUCUCAUCCCGUUCUUCGAGAGGUUGAGCAAAGUGGACAAUAUCUACGAUGUUCUCAAGCAGCAGAGGACUACGAGCUAACGAGAGAGCAGAUCUCCAGCGACUCUCCCCGCGGGGCCAUGGAGGCUGCUGGGCGCUGGCUUGGCGCUGCCACCCACCGCGAGGACCAGCUAGGGCCUGGGUCAACGCCACCUAACAUAUUCCACUCCUAGAAUAUAUGGCAGAGAGGACUUUCAUUAUGGCUCAAAGAGGGAUUUGUAAGUAACUGGACUGAUAUGUAAGUAACCAUUGUUCACACUUGGUUUGUCUUGCCCCCCCCUUCACACAGCCUUUCUCAAGACUAGUCAAGGAAAGGCCUUUUCUUUCUUUUUUUUAAAGAAACUACCUUCUUUAAAUCUGGUGGAUUGGAUUUUCAAUGCCUGCAAAGAUGUUAUGGAAAAAUGUUUUUUAUAAGUAAAACUUUUUUUUCACUGGCCUAUUUGGUGUAGUAUGUCUAAAAUAAACUGGCACAGACCUGGGCAGGUUAAAUAUAAAUUGUAUUUGUGAGAGAGCGCAAUAAACCCUAACCGUGUCUUCAUUAGUAAUAAAGAGUUUAAUAUGUGCAAAAUACUCAAGCCAUUACUUGUGUGUCAAGUCUUAUAGUGUAGAGGAGCCUUUAGGAUUGAUUCUCUCUCCCCAUCAGUCAUUAUCUUUAUCAGAAAUAGUUUACACUUCAUUUGACUAAAAGACAGGUAUGCGCUCAAGUGAUGACUGAUCAUUCAACACAUAAACCUCUGUCUGGCUACUAGAACAGAGGAUGAUCCUUGCUCAGUAGGCACACAGUAUCACUACCAUGGCAGACUUCCACACUUCAUAAGGAUUUAGAAGGUAUGGCUGAAUAUGCCAUUGAUUCUCGUAUGAAAAACCAAAUGUGUGCUGAACAAGAGUCUGUUCUCACAAGUGAAUGUUAGAAUGCCUAGGUCACAACUGAAUAACUGUCCCAGAGCCGUGAGGAUUACUGUUGAACCCUGGUGAAGUCUGGGCCGGUGUGUCUUCUAAAUGACAAUCAAAUCCAUUGUAAUUUUAUUCAAAACCUUUUUCAGUUUUUAGAUUUCAAUCUAUUUCCAAUCAACAUUGUUUUUACCUUUUCGCCAUUUGUGCAUUUCUGUGCACCAUUAAGAUGCACUGAUAUCAACAUACAUGAGGACAAAUUAUCAUGAAUGUAAAAGGUUGUUUUGAUUUAUUUCUAACAUUGCUAUAUUUCACAUGUCAAAAUAUGUCACUUUCAUAUUUUUAGACAAACUUUAUGGAAAUAAAUAUAUCAAAUGCUAACUUGUUUUAAUGCUAGUACAGAGUCAGGAAGUAUGGUUGUUAAUCUACCAAGAUGUUCUAGAAAAGUACAAUAUGACAUGAUUUACACAAGCACAAUUUGUUUGCUCUCCUUAGCUGUUAAAAUGUGAUAUUACUUUGCAACUUGUGUGUUGGUGAAUGAACCUGAGUUAUCAUGUUGAUGAGUAAGGCCUACCACAGACCCUGUAGCUAGCCCAGGCUAACCACAGACCCUUUGGCUAGCCCAGGUAGUAUUUGGCACAGUCUGGUGUGUGUGUGCGCGCGUGUGUGUGUAUGUUGUAUGUGACUGUGCCAGUGUGUAUUUGCAUUAACAGAAAUACAAAAUGUUGAGUUAAUUUGAUCAUUAUCAUCUUUUAAUUUUAAGAAUGAACAUGUUGUAAACCCUUUUUACAAUAAUGUUUUUUUUUUUUUUUACUGUAUUCAAUGAGUAUUAACAUUGCCACCCGAGUUAAGAGACUGGCAAAACAAGUUUGAGUGAAUAAUUGCUGCUCAUCAAUUCUAUAAGGAAAAAAAAACUAGAAACUGUAUUUGAACUUUGCAACAAUAAAGCAUGUUUUAUUGAGCAAG